UCUUCACUCAUCUCUCAGACCCUUAAAGCUACUAUAUGCUUUACGGUCCACCAUACCCGGUGUUUCGGUCGUCCCUCUCCAGCCAAAAAAUAGAUCCUCUAUACCAAACCUCUUCCAGAAUCAUCAAUUCACCAUGAAGGCUCAUCUUUUCGCAUUAAUCUCCGCCCUUCCUUCAACGCUUGGCUGUCUUCACUAUCUCCAGGCCGCUUGGAUUCUUGAUGAUGGGGUUCUUGUGUGUGACGCCGCUUGGGGCUCUUCACGUACUAUGGCAGGUUACAAAGUAAACUGCAUAACUUGGUACGGCACGCCGCACGGCAACUUUCGUUGGAGCCAGGGCUACGACCGUAGUGAUAACUUUAUCGUCUGGGACAAUUGGCAGUUUUGCUAAGGAAAGAUCGGGACUGUUCUAGACGGCUUACAUUGGCAGAUGCUUGGUCCGAAGAGCAUGCGGCUGAAGAAGAUCCUUUGCCUGAAUAUCAUCCCAAAAAUGAUCUUUUCGAUCUGCCUAAUCUCUUCUCGAGCACUAAAUCGGUGAAGAAAAUCAAGAAAGAGCAGAAGAGACAGGCCAGUGCAGAUGAAUAGUGAGAGUCGGGGCUGAGGUUGCGCGAACGUGUCUAGCAUUUUAUAAGAGUAUAAACUAGGAUAUGUCGAGGGCUUGCCUUACACCUCGGUGAUAUGGUGAUAUAACUUGAUUAUGAUGAUUAACUUCAAAGAAAAGCGGAAUG